AUGCAGGACAGCUUUUCUGCAUCAGAACAGCCAGAAAGAGAGAGAAUCGAGGCUCAGAACACCCCUUUUGAAGCUGAAAUCUUCCCCAUGAAUCCUCCCAAGUUUGACAAAAUUGAGGACAUGGCCAUGAUGACCCACCUCAAAGAACCUCCUGUGCUGUACAACCUCAAAGAGCGUUACGCAGCAUGGAUGAUCUACACCUACUCUGGCUUGUUCUGCGUCACUGUCAAUCCAUACAAGUGGCGCCCAGUGUACGACGCAGUUGUUGUGGCUGGAUACAGAGGCAAAAAGAGGAUUGAAGCUCCACCUCACAUCUUCUCCAUCUCUGACAACGCCUACCAGUUCAUGCUCACUGACAGGGAGAAUCAAUCUAUCCUGAUUACAUAA